GAGUUACACUUCGCGGUACCGUGUUUUUAGCAAAUCCAGCUCAGCCUUAGUAAGAAUCAGGCCAGAAAAGAGCUUCCUCCGUUCUAAUCCCACCUACCACCUGUGGCUUCAAAUCUGCGCUAGACCACCGGACGCAUCCAGAUGCUGUAUCUCGCACCACUGUGUGGUAUCGUCGCCGCGGACGACCCUCAAAGAAAGACUAAGGCCGAAAGCCAGCAAUACCUCACUCCGUCAGAAGAGAAAGCCCUCGUCAUAUUUCUACUACGAAUGGCUGCCCUCGGAUUUCCCGUACGCAUCAAGUUCAUACCUUCGCUAGCCUUCAGCCUCGCCCGCCGGCGGUCCGCGAACAAAGUUCAUAUGUAGCUGGCGGCGGCCGGGCACCAAGCCGCAGCCAGCCCGUUGGACGCGGCAACGUGGGCCCUCCAGCAAGUAUGAAAUUUGAGGCGUCCUUUCAAACUCGUAAUGUUCGUACAGUUGAAUAUGACUGAAUAUGGAUCGUCCAC